CCUCCGCCCCCUCCCGGGCGCCAUGCGCAGACUCAGUUCCUGGAGAAAGAUGGCGACAGCCGAGAAGCAGAAACACGACGGGCGGGUGAAGAUCGGCCACUACAUCCUGGGGGAUACGCUGGGGGUCGGCACCUUCGGCAAAGUGAAGGUUGGCAAACAUGAAUUGACUGGGCAUAAAGUUGCUGUGAAGAUACUAAAUCGACAGAAGAUUCGAAGCCUUGACGUGGUAGGAAAAAUCCGCAGAGAAAUUCAGAACCUCAAACUUUUCAGGCAUCCUCAUAUAAUUAAACUGUACCAGGUCAUCAGUACACCAUCUGAUAUUUUCAUGGUGAUGGAAUAUGUCUCAGGAGGAGAGCUAUUUGAUUAUAUCUGUAAAAAUGGAAGGAAAUCUGAUGUACCUGGAGUAGUAAGAACAGGCUCCAUGAAGGAGCUGGAUGAAAAAGAAAGUCGACGUCUGUUCCAACAAAUCCUUUCUGGUGUGGAUUAUUGUCACAGGCAUAUGGUGGUCCACCGAGAUUUGAAACCUGAAAAUGUCCUGCUUGAUGCACACAUGAAUGCAAAGAUAGCUGAUUUUGGUCUUUCCAACAUGAUGUCAGAUGGUGAAUUUUUAAGAACAAGUUGUGGCUCACCCAACUAUGCCGCGCCAGAAGUAAUUUCAGGAAGACUGUAUGCAGGUCCAGAGGUAGAUAUAUGGAGCAGUGGGGUUAUUCUCUAUGCUUUAUUAUGUGGAACCCUGCCAUUUGAUGAUGAUCAUGUGCCAACUCUCUUUAAGAAGAUAUGUGAUGGGAUCUUUUAUACCCCUCAGUAUUUAAAUCCUUCUGUGAUUAGCCUUUUGAAACAUAUGCUGCAGGUGGAUCCGAUGAAGAGGGCCACAAUCAAAGAUAUCAGGGAACAUGAAUGGUUUAAACAGGACCUUCCAAAAUAUCUCUUUCCUGAAGAUCCAUCAUAUAGUUCAACCAUGAUUGAUGACGAAGCCUUAAAAGAAGUGUGUGAAAAAUUUGAAUGCUCAGAAGAUGAAGUUCUCAGCUGCCUUUAUAGCAGAAAUCACCAGGACCCUUUGGCAGUUGCUUAUCACCUCAUAAUAGAUAACAGGAGAAUAAUGAAUGAAGCCAAAGAUUUUUACUUGGCAACAAGCCCACCUGAUUCUUUUCUGGAUGAUCACCAUUUUACUAGGCCUCACCCUGAAAGGGUACCAUUUUUGGUUGCUGAAACACCAAGGGCUCGUCAUACCCUCGAUGAAUUAAAUCCACAGAAAUCCAAACACCAAGGUGUAAGGAAAGCAAAAUGGCAUUUGGGAAUUAGAAGUCAAAGUCGACCAAAUGAUAUCAUGGCAGAAGUUUGUAGAGCAAUUAAACAAUUGGAUUAUGAAUGGAAGGUUGUAAAUCCAUAUUAUUUGCGUGUCCGAAGGAAGAAUCCGGUGACAAGUACAUACUCUAAAAUGAGUCUACAGUUAUAUCAAGUGGAUAGUAGAACUUACUUACUGGAUUUCCGUAGUAUUGAUGAUGAAAUUACUGAAGCCAAAUCAGGGACUGCCACGCCACAGAGAUCGGGAUCAGUGAGCAACUAUCGAUCUUGCCAAAGGAACGAUUCAGAUGCUGAGGCUCAGGGAAAAUCCUCCGAAGUUUCUCUUACCUCAUCUGUAACCUCACUUGACUCUUCUCCUGUUGACUUAACUCCAAGACCUGGAAGUCACACAAUAGAAUUUUUUGAGAUGUGUGCAAAUCUAAUUAAAAUUCUUGCACAGUAAAUCUAAAAACUUUGCUUAUUUCUUUUAUAGCAAUAAGCAUACAUAAAUCAUAGCCAAAUGCUUCCAUUUUUAAUCAAGUUAUAAUUAUAACUGAGAAUUGGCCUUUUGGAAUGCAAUUUGCACAGGGAUUGGAACUUGAUUAAUAGUUAAAAGCUUAAGUGCAAAAAUGAAUUAAGAUCAUUUGUUCAUUAUUCUGUAGAUGUCUAGUAUGAUAUAUACAAUGAAUUAUAGGUCUCUCAGGCUCACUUGAUUUUUGGCAAUUUUAUAUUUAGUGUACACAGGGCUUCGUAGAAUAUUAAUUUACCAUAAAGGCCUUCAUACUAUUACGUGUUGAUGUGUUACUCAUUUGCUUCAUAGAUUAAUUCAAUAAAUAUCUGCCUAGAAUCCCCAUAAACCUUGAUAGGUGAGUUUAUUUUCUGGGCUCCCAAAAGCAAGUAUCUUUUAACUGUCUGGAUAAUUUCUUUGAUAUCUCCCUGUUAAUAUUCAAUAGUAUCUGGUAAGUUGUAUCAAAGCUAUUAAACACAAUUAAAAAUUUUUAUUUAUCAAGUCCAGAACACACAGAACUUACAUAUUCAGAUAUUCUAGGCAGUAAGUUUAAUCUUUUAAUAUGUCCCACUAUAUUCUGUACAUAAAUUGCUCUUUUUGCCACAUGAGCUAAUAGCAUAUGCUGUAAAUAAGUCAUGGGUUUUUCACAAAUUGCUUAUCAUGUCAGUCAGUAUUGAAUGUAUGCAAGAAUUUCUAGUUCUCUGAUCAUGUGUCUUUUAAAUUGACUCAAUGCACAAAAGGAACAUCUCUUACAAACUGUUUAAAUGCUCAGAUAUGACUUUUUCCCCCAAAAUUUUAUCUUAUUUUUAAAAACAGAAAAAUUGAAAGACCAAUAGAGUGAUCACAUGUGUACUUAACACUUGGAUUCAACAUGUGUUAACAUUUUGCCAUAUUUGCUUUUAUAUCUAUAUAGAUAUGUAUAUAUGUGUGUGUAUGUAUAUACUUUUUUUUCCCUGGACCAUUUGGAUGUUGCAGACAUACUUGUCAGCCCUAAAUACUUCAAAAAAAAAAUCAAGCGUCUAUAAAUAAGGACAUUCUCCUAUAAGAUCAUAAUACCAUAUAAAACUAAUAAUUCUCUAUUAUCAGCUAGUGAAAAAAAAAAAAAAAAACAUUGCCGUUGAGUGGAUUCUGCCUCAUAGUGACCCUAUGAGACAGAGUACAACUGCCCCAUAAAGUUUCUAGGGUUGUAAAUCUUCAUGGAAGCUGACUGCCACAUUUUCUCCUGCGUAUCACCUAAUAGGCAAUCCAUAUUCAGAUUUCCCCAGCUGUCCUCCAGAGUCCUUUUAUAGGUGGUUAUUUUGAACCAGGAUCUAAUUGAGGUUUACAUAUUGCAUUUGGUUAUGUCUCUUUAGUCAGAUAUGUCAUUAUUAUUACUACUAUUAUUUUUUCUGAUAAAAUAUGGAUCAGUUCUUCUAAAUGGUCACAUUUUCUGGUCUUGUUUUGGGUUUUAGUUCAUUUUUUUAAAAAAAAUUAUAUCAUGAGAACUGCCUAAAGAAGUUUAACCUUCCUUAAGUUCCGAUAUAUAUCUUCUUUUUCUCAUUCUUAGUAAUAUCAUUACAUAAUAGGUAUAAAUGAAGAAUUAAGGGCACCUCAGCUAAAACUGGUAUUGUGUAUGCUAAUAAAAAAUCUAUUAUUGACAUUUGCUUUACACCAUUAAAAUUUUGGUAAAAAUUUUUUUCAGUAAUAAUCUUCCAUUGUCACACAUUUUUCCUGGUUUCACAAUAUUUAUACCUUAGGGUUGUUCUUGGCAGAUCUAGUGAGCACCUAUGUAAGCAGAUGUCAACAUUCCCAACUGCCACGAUAGCUUACAGAAAUGGUCAUUGGAGUGGUAAACCUGGCUUUAGCAGCCCUAGAAACAUGCACUGAAUUCCAAAGAAAAAUCUUGCUUUUUUUGACCAGGGUUUGUUCUGUAAGAAUUUGGAAGCUUUACAAAUAGCAGAUGAUCCCUUUAAAUGAGUUCAAAAUCGUAAUUAUAACUAAUAUGUGGCCCUCUGUUUUGGGGAUAUUGAUUUCACUUAGACAUUAUGUUCCUAAUAUUAAGAACUGAAGACUGUAUUUUUCAAGUUGCAAAUUUGUAUAUAGAACUAAGAUGUUGGUCAUAAUGUCUCUAUGACCUGUUGUGGGGGGGGAGGGGGUGCAAUAAAGAGGACCUCCUAAAAAUUGUUAAUUUUGUAAACUUUGCUUCUUUUAUAAGUUAUUGUGAUUCUUUUAGUUACUGAGCUUUAUUUUGAAGAUGUUUCAAUAUUGCACUUGUACAAAUAGUAUAACAAAUACACAGACUAUUGCAGUAAAUUGUUUUUAAAGCUGGGAUAUUUGAAAUGACAACUUUUAGUUAAGUAUGUCAAGGUUGCAUCAGAAUUUUCACAAAUUUAUUGUAGUUUGCAAAUUCGUAGUAAAACUGAAGGUGUAAGGGGAGUCAAUGCAAAUGAUUUUUAAUCUUUUUUUAAUAUCUUUUCAGCAAUUUCUAUUUUUUGUGAUUUUAUGCAACCAUAUUUUUACUUUGUCUUGACAACUGAAAGAUGUAUAAGGUUUCUGCAAGAAAUGUACUGUAUUCAUAGUUUUAAAUAGAACAGAUUUUAUUGAUAUGUAAAAAUUUUGCCAUUAGAGUAAAUGAUUUCUCACUGAGGAAUUUUUCUACCAGGUUGGGGGAAUAUGGGAGCUUAAUAUAUCUAAUUUAAAAUAAUUUCACUGAAAUAAACUCCAUUGCUUUUA